UUACACAUGGAUUAUUCCACUAAUGUUACGUAUUUACUUUUGACGGGACAUGUAGAGCUGGAGAAGUACAGAUCUCUUUAUUUUCUCAUCACUUUUACACUUUAUUUAUUGAUUAUUUGCUGUAAUGCUCUUGUUAUUUUUAUUAUUUACACUGAUAAAAGUCUCCAUGAACCCAUGUACAUCUUCAUUGCUGCUCUGCUCUGUAACGCUGUGAUUGGAUCGACUGCUCUUUAUCCCAAACUCUUAUCUGAUUUACUGUCGGAGAUUCAAAUUGUCUCGUAUGGUGCUUGUACCUUUCAGUCCUAUUUUAUUUACACUUACGGUUUGUCUGAGUUCACGUUGUUAUCAGCGAUGGCUUAUGACAGAUACGUGUCCAUCUGUAAACCAUUACAAUAUUCAACCAUUAUAAAAACGACCACUGUUAAAAAACUGUUAUUUUGCUGUUGGUUUGUACCUUGCUGUGAAAAUGGAAUUGCUUUGACUCUGACAUACCAAAUUAAACUGUGUAAAUUUAAAUUGAAUAGAAUUUACUGUAAUAACAAUGCACUUGUUAAACUGAGUUGUGAAGACAUUACUGUAAGAAACUCAUAUGGGCUGUUUGUUUUAGGUGUUGGAGUUUUUCCACCCUUGUUUUUUGUAUUUUUCUCCUACAUUAGAAUCAUUUAUGUAUGUUUAAAGAAUUCCAAAGAUUUUAGAAGAAAAGCUCUACAGACCUGCUUACCACAUCUUAUCGUCUUCAUCAGCUUCACUGUAACAUCACUGUUUGAAGUUGUAAAUUCUAGAUUAGAACUAAAUGUGCCACAUAUUUUUAUCAUGAUCAUGUCGGUGGAAAAUCUGGUAAUUCCUCCUCUAAUUAAUCCAAUAAUAUAUGGACUAAAACUACGAGAGAUUUUUAAAAGAAUUAAAAAAUACUUGUGGAACAGAAAAAUACAAGACGCUUUCAAAAACACACCUGCUGUCAUUCAACAUUUGUAA